UCUGGCCCACCGCCCCCGCCGCUUCCCGCGCACUCCCGGAGCGGGCGCGCCCGCCGCCGAGCUCCUCCCGCGACGCCAUGGAGACGCCCGCCGCCCGCCGCCGAGAGCCCCUCGUUCGCCCGCGGCGGCGCCCAGCGGCCGGGGACCCCCGGCUGGCGCGAACGCCUGCGGCCUCUGCGGGAAGCGCUGCCGCCCGACGUGGGGCGCGAGACGGCGGAGCUGGCGGCGCUCGCGGGCCCAGUGUUCCUCGCGCAGCUGCUGACCUUUCUCAUCAGCCUCGUCAGCUCCGUAUUCUGCGGACACCUGGGCAAGGUCGAGGUGGAUGCGGUUACGCUUGCUGUCUCGGUUGUGAAUGUCGCCGGGAUUUCCGUUGGAACCGGCUUGGCCUCCGCUUGUGACACUCUCAUGUCUCAGUCCUUUGGAGCCAAGAACCUAGAACGUGUGGGGCUCGUCCUUCAGAGAGCCAUCCUCAUCCCGAUGCUGUGCUGCUUCCCACGCUGGGCCCUCCUCCUCAACACCGAGCGCCUCCUUCUGCUGCUGAAGCAAGACCCCCACGUCUCCAGGAUAGCCCAGAUCUAUGUGAUGAUUUUAAUCCCUUCUUUUCUGGCCACAUUCCUGUUCCAGCUGCAGGCAAAAUAUUUACAAAGUCAGGGCAUCAUCACGCCUCCAGUGGUUACCGGCAUCACAGCGAACGCCCCCAACGUGGGCACGAAUGCCCUCCUGCUGUACGCCCUGCCUUUUGGAGUCGCAGGAUCUGCCUGGGCGAACACCACUUCCCAGUUCUGCCUGUCUGCUCUUCUCUUCCUGUACGUGUGGUGGAAAAAAAUCCACGUCAACACCUGGGGAGGUUGGACCAGGGACUGUUUCCAGGAGUGGGGCUCCUUCAUCCAGCUGGCCAUACCCAGCAUGUUCAUGGUGUGCAUUGAGUGGUGGACCUUUGAAGUCGGAACCUUCCUUGCAGGAUUGAUGAGCAUGACAGAGCUUGGAGCCCAGGCCGUCGUUUAUGUACUGGCUUCUGCGGCCUACAUGGCAAGGCGAUGCCGUGCUGUCCACUCGGAGAGUACCUCUCCCCUGCGUGGGAAGGAUCAACAGGCGGCUCAGUACAGAGGUGGGAUCUGUCACGUGACAUCUUCACUUAAGGGCUUAUGGGUGGGGAGCAGGGAGCACAGUCCUGACCGCCCCCACUGCCCCACCCCACCUCCCAUCCCCCAAGGCGAGAAGGGCUUGGCUCUGAGGCACUCACGCCACCAGUUGCUGCGCAGUGUUUGCGCACUUGUAACGGGUAUCCUACUUGCCGCUUUAAAGGACGUGGUUGCCUGUGCAUUUACCAGUGACAAAGAUGUCAUGUCCCUUGGGAGCCAAGUGAUGCCCAUUUCUGCUCCCUUUCAUCUGUUUGAUGCACUUGCGGGCACCUCUGGUGGAGUCCUGAGAGGUGCAGAACAAAAGAUGGGUGCCUUCCUGAAUGCCAUUGGUUAUUACGUUUUUGGUUUUCCCCUUGGAGCAUCUCUGAUGUUUGCUGCUAAUCAUGGGAUAAUAGGUCUCUGGUUCGGAUUGAUGGUCUGUGUCUUCUUUCAAACCCUCUUCUACUUGGUGUACACCUGGAGGAUAAACUGGAACAGAGUGGCAGAGCAGGCACAGGUUCGAGCCGGGCUGAGCGGGACGAAAGAGGCCGUGCCCACUGCAAUAGAUCUGUCCAUCCUAGAGAAAGAGGUAGCCGAUGGGGUGAUUCUACCUGAUGUCAUCCGACCUGAGAGCCAGGCCAUGCAGCUGGUGGAGGAGAACAGCUCGUGUGGGGUGGCCACCAUCGGGGAGGUCUUGACGGGGACCCAGCUGAUUUUGUAUCACGGGGCGGCUGUAGUUUUAGCUUUCGCUGUCCUGGUAGCAGGAAUUGUAAUAAGAGUUUUCACUGACUGUGGCUGAAACGGAAUCACCGGGACAGUGGUUACGCUCUCAACUAAAUGUGGAAAGGAUACCACUUAGUUGAGAUGUGUGCUUAGUUAUUCUGAGAGUUUGCACGAUCUUACUGCUUACUGAAGAUCAAGAAAAGAGUUAUAAUUUUAAGUGAACUUUUCUCCCAAAGAUUAACUCUGUCAUGGUUUUUAAAUCUGCAAAUCUGGUUUUCCCGGCUGUAAGUGUUCUUUAUGCCGUCGUAUAUUUAAUAUCUUUCGUCUUCCAGGAAAGCAGGUCCUCUAACAUUAACCGCUGGUCACGCUGUCUUUGUGUUUCUCUGUUACGUGUUCAGUCUUGUCCGUGAGUUUGUACGAAGUGCUGUCUAGUCCGGUCCCAGGUAGUGCCGUGUGAGCUUUUAUAAAAUAAACACUUUAAAAUGUGUGC